CUUCGCGGGAUCCAUGGCAACAGCUCUCUCUCUCUCCUCAGCACGCCUACUCGCGUGACCUCCAACCUGCUACGCGAUUGGCCCGUGCCUUGCUGCGGAUGUCACUUCCGCUUCCGCCAUCUUGGUUGUGGAUUCGGAAGCUGUGAGCGGGAUGAGCAUCAAGGCAUCACCAAAAUGACCCAUCACCAAGGCCUGUUUUCAACUGUGACCCGCUGCUGCCGCCAUUUGCCUUGUAACUACCUGAGGGCGAAACAUUUCUGACUCCACAGACCCAUGGAUUUCAUUGGCGGAUCACAGCCACAUGCAAGAACUUCCAGAAAAUGACACUGUCCAUAUAGUCCUGUUCUGCCAGAGAUCGCCGUGACGGCAUCAGAUGCAUUACAGAAUGAAUGAGCUGAACCUCAGCACUGUGGGGAUGGACCAGCUGACCUCUUCCUCCGUUACCAAUUCUCUCCCGGUCUCAGGGAGUCAUCUUGGGCUUUCUGGCUCCCCUCCACACAAUAAUCUUCCAGCACCAGGUUUACCAGUGGCAAUCCCGAACCUGGGUCCAUCUUUAAGCUCUCUCCCUUCUGCCCUCUCAGUGAUGCUUCCCAUGGGUAUAGGAGACCGCGGUGUGAUGUGUGGUCUCCCAGAGAGGAACUACCCCCUUCCUCCUCCGCCUUAUCCUCACCUGGAGAGCAGCUACUUCAGGCAUAUAUUGCCAGGAAUCCUCUCGUAUCUAGCUGACCGACCCCCGCCGCAGUACAUACACCCCGGCUCACUAAACGUCGACGGCCUUUCGGUUUCCAUCGCUCCUCAGCCUCUGGACCCUUAUCAGCCUGGGGGAUCUGUGGGCUUAGAGACUGGAAUUGGAUCGUUAGACUCUCGCUCGGUUGCUGGGCACACAACACAGAGCCUGCACCCCAGUGAUAGUCACGAGCUGGACGCUGCGAUUACUAUGGGUAGUGUCUCCAGAGUUAACAGUCCCAUCUCAUCGGACGGCAUUACAGAAGAGCUAAGCAUGGAAGGAGUCGCAGCAGAGCACGGGCAGAUCUCUAACGUCUCUCGCUCUCAUGAGCCCCUCACUGUGGAUGGGAGUCUACCCCCUGAUGCUGUUGUGUUACCGCUUCACAGUGGAUCCUUAGAACUUAUGGAGUCGGAGCAUCACCUGGCAACUCGUUCGGAAAGUGAUACGAUCCAUACUGUGGCCAUGAACAGUAACCCCCAGCUUUUAACUUCAGUGUCAUUGCACGGGGGCAGCAUCAGCCUUGAGCCAGUCACAGUCUCUUCCAUAACCCCAGAAGUCUCCAUUGAUACCGGCAACUUGACUUUCGUCCCUUCCACCCUACACAUCGACUCCAAUUCUAACAAAGAAAAUAUGGACACUCUGUUUACAAUUUGGUGUACAUUAUGUGACAGGGCUUACCCUUCUGAUUGUCCUGAACACGGGCCGGUCACAUUUAUACCAGAUAAUCCUAUCGAGAGCCGAGCAAGAUUGUCCCUCCCUAAGGAGCUGAUGCUGAGGCAGUCUGUAACGGGAGCCGAAAUGGGAGUAUGGGCACAGGAAAGCAUCCCAGUCAGGACCUGCUUUGGGCCCUUAAUAGGACAGGAGAGUCAGUCUCUGGAGGUUGCUGAUUGGACAGACAAAUCUGCCACCCACAUCUGGAAGAUGUAUCACAACGGAGUCAUUGAGUUCUGCAUCAUCACAACUGACGAGACUGAAUGUAACUGGAUGAUGUUCGUGCGCAAGGCCAGGAAUCCUGAGGAACAGAAUCUCGUGGCUUAUCCUCACGAUGGGAAGAUCUACUUCUGCACCUCCCAUGAUGUCUCUCCGGAACAGGAGCUCCUCUUUUAUUACAGUCGGGACUACGCCAGGCAGAUGGGCCUCCCAGAACAGCCAGAGUUUUUCGUGUGCCACUGUGGGAAGGAGUGCCAUUCGUAUGCAGAUUUCAAGAGCCACAUAAAUACUCACCUACCCGCCGAGUCUCUGAGCAGUGGGGCCAAUGGGCUGACACUCACCAAGGAGCGCAAGUGGAAAUGCUCAAUGUGCUCUCACUCCUUCAGCUCCUCCUCAAAACUCAACGUUCAUUUCAUGGGACACAUGGGCAUGAAACCCCAUAAAUGCGAGUUCUGCAACAAGGCGUUCAGCGACCCCAGCAACCUUCGUACCCACCUCCGGAUACACACGGGGCAGAAGAAUUACCGCUGCGGCCUGUGCGACAAGUCGUUCACCCAGAAAGCUCACGUGGCCUCCCACAUGGACAUACACACGGGCGAGAAGACCCUGAAAUGCGACUUCUGCAAGAAGAUGUUCAUGCGAAGGCAGGACCUGAAGCAACACUUGCUCACCCACACUCGGGAACGGCAGAUCAAAUGCCCCAAGUGUGAAAAAUGCUUCUCCCGCACAGGCCAUCUUAAGAAUCACCUCAAUUCUCACGAAGGGAGGCGGGACUACGUGUGCGAAAAAUGCUUUAAGGCUUUCCUCACCAGGUACCACCUGACCAGGCACCUGAAGAUCUGCAAGGGCCCAAGCACUGCCCCCCUCACACCUGAUACGGACGAGGAAGAGGAUUCGGAGGAUGAAGAGUUAAUGAGCUCGGACAGCACAGUGUUUAACACAGACGGGCACCUGACCGCGCACACGUGACUGUGGGAGCUGCCACGUGUAUUUAUUUUAUUUAUUAGGCAAAUCGGAACUACAGGAAUCCUUAUCCUCCAUUGUGGUGUGCGACGAACAUUGGCUGAGAAGAAAGGAAAGACGGAACGUUCUUUAGAAAGGAAAGACUCGUUAAAGGGGAAUUAUCGUGAAAACGAAAAUUUAAUUUAAGCUUACGGAUAUAGAAAUAAGAAUCUUUCUAAAUACAAUCAGUUAAAGGGGAAGUAAAGUGUAAAAUAGAAUAAGGCUAGAAAUGCUGUAUUUUGUAUACUAAACAUAAACAUGAACUUACUGCACCACAAGCCUAAUCAAACAAAUGAUUUCUGCUUUCAAAGUUGGCCACAGGGGGUCACCGUCUUGUAACUUUGUUAUACAUCUUUGCAAGACCAAGACUGUGCACAUGCUCAGUGUGGCCUGGGCUGCUUAGGGAUCGUCAUAAAUGAUGAAAACAGCACAAGUCAAAUAAUAUCUGCCAGAAGCCGAUACAGCAAGACUGAUUAAUAAUCAGAAUAUACAGACUG